ACAAUAGCCUGGCUUCAAUUUUGGCUUACCUUUUGCGACAAGUCGUUACCUGAGCCAUGACUUGUGCAAGAGGCGCACGACCGCAGCGUUGCCACAGCCGGUGGGGCAGGCGGGGCACGCCCGGUGCGCAUGCGCAAACUCCCAAGAACCGGAAGCGGCGCAGGGCCGGGCAUGGCGGCUGCGGCUGAGGGUGUGCCGGCGACCCGACGGGAGGAGCCUGCUCGAGACGAUGCCGCGGUGGAGACAGCUGAGGAAGCAAAGGAGCCUGCUGAAGCUGACAUCACUGAACUUUGCCGGGACAUGUUCUCCAAAAUGGCCACUUACCUGACUGGGGAACUGACGGCCACCAGUGAAGACUAUAAGCUCCUGGAAAAUAUGAAUAAACUAACCAGCUUGAAGUAUCUUGAAAUGAAAGAUAUUGCUAUAAACAUUAGUAGAAACUUAAAGGACUUAAACCAGAAGUAUGCUGGACUGCAGCCUUAUCUGGAUCAGAUCAAUGUCAUUGAAGAGCAGGUAGCAGCUCUUGAGCAGGCAGCUUACAAGUUGGAUGCAUAUUCAAAAAAACUGGAAGCCAAGUACAAGAAGCUGGAGAAACGAUGAAAAACUUGUUUCUAUAGGAUGAAGUCUUUUUUAAUGUGGAAGAAUGUUUUAUAAGACCUGAAUCCUGAGACUGAUGAAUUGUCCAAACUCCUCAAAAGGAAACUAUGCUGGUCAUCCCAGGAACAUCCCAAUGUUGGAGUAAACUGGAAGACUGUGGCUACUCCUGAACCUCCUUUGGGGCAGUAUCCCUGGGAAAUUCACACUUGUAACUCCUUACCUUUUACUUGACUGCUUCAUCGUCCAUUCAGGACAGAGAUGCUCUCAAAGUUCAGCAUACCUGGGCUUCCCAGUAGACUCAAAUGAGAGGGCCUAUUUUCUCUGGUAGUGGUUAAUUACUGCAUUAUUUUCUUCAGUGGCUGGUUUUUGAGUUACUGUGUAAAUGUUUUUUUAAAUUAACGAUGCUAAUGUAUUGUUAACAAGAUUCUAAAUUAAAAAAGGAAAACAAAACAGACUUGUUCUUUGCACCUCAUCACCUUGUGAAUGACAGUAAUUUACUUUUUUGUAACAUUGCAAAUAACAGAAAAUCUUAAAAUAAUUCCA